AUGGGAGAUGUAUUUGAAACAUGUUUCAAAAUGGAUGCAUGGCAUGAUUUUAAAGUGUUGGGUCUACAUGGUUUAUCAUGGACCGCUGUAUCUUAUCUAACACGUCCAAAAGAAUACAACCUAACAACUAAAAAGAAGAAACAAGUCAGAUCCUAUUCCCUCACCUUGGGUGAAUGGAUACUCUUUUCAAUCUUGGCUGCUUGUUUAUUAACAAAUAUAUACAUUCGCGUCGCCAAAGGCGUUCCUCAUUGGUUGUGGCAACCUUGUCAUGUUUUAUCGGCUGUUCUAAUGUAUGUAAUGUUAUUCUCUGGAAGAGACCCAAGAUACUUUUAUUCUUAUUUUUAUUCAAUGUGGAUGCCAUUGGUUGGAUUUGUAUCACCACCAAAUGAAACGUGGUUCUUGUGGUGGUGGGAGAUUUAUGUAUUCUAUGUACACCAUGCCAUACUUUUGGUGAUUCCAUACUAUUAUUUACUUUAUAACCAUCGAUUCCAUCAACACUUAAACUCUGGAAAGAUUCACAAGCGUGAAAAGUCUGCCAACUAUACGAGGGACAGCAGCAAGAGUAGUCUUACCACUGACGGUGGAUCGGCCAUCAACAAGUUGUCCAUCAUCAUUCCACAUUUCACUAGCAAGCUUGAACGAUUCAAGAUCUUUACACAUACUUUUAGUCACGGUAUCAUCUACCAUGCCUUUUUCCUCGGUCAAAUGGGUAUCUUGUUGGAUGAGGAUUUCGACGCAAUGCGUUGUAGAUUUGCCGGUGGCGAGAUAUUUGGUAUCUAUUGGAGAGAGGCUUUGGUUGCCAUCACCUAUUUGGCUUCGCUUUUGGUGUCGUGGCUGCCAGAUUACCUUGUGCAUCGUCACUAUAGAAACAAAUACACUAAAUUACCAAUUACUGAUGAUGUCAAGGACGUUAAAAUUAAACAUCAAUAA